UGGACUUGGUCGUUGGUUCUCUCACUCUUAUGGGUAUGGUCUCCUUGAUGCGGGUGCAAUGGUCCUAAUGGCACGUAAAUGGAAAAUUGUUCCAAAAGCUUUAAAUUGUUCGAAUGUCUAUCAACAGGCAGAUUUUAUGUCCUGUCAUUAAAAAUGGAACAAGUUUUAAUGCAACUUUAUACACUGCAGGCUGCUCAGAUAAUGGGCAGGAUAAUCGAGUUAAUUUUCUAGAGCACGUUCAAGCAAUUAUUGACGUGGGAGCUUUUACUCGUGGCAAAGUAGAAAUUUAUUUGACAAGUCCUAAAGGCACCCGUUCAAAACUUAUGUCUAAAAGGCCUAAAGACACCAGCAGUCUUGGCUAUAUUAAUUGGGAAUUUAUGUCCGUUCAUUUCUGGGGAGAGAGUUCUAAUGGUAAUUGGACUUUGGAGAUUAAUAAUGCUGAUGAAGAAAAUAGUAAGUAUAGUAAAGCAGAGCUGGGCUAUAGCUAUUUUCUUUCCUUCGGCUAG